CUUGAUCGUGCAUAUACAUAGACACGACCACUGAGGCCUGCGGCGAGCCUUACUUCCAACCCCCCUACACAACGACUGUAGAAUCCAAUAUGGUGGUCAAACAUCUGCCACCGACCGUGAAGCAGCUGCUGACGCUGCGCACACCUCAACCGCGUCCGACGCCUUCUCUACCGCGGCUUACCGCAGUCCUCUCCAGCACUUUCCAAGAUGCGAAGGCGAAGAAGGCUGAGCGGGGCUGGCUCACACUUGCGAUGUGCACUCUUCUGACCGCAAACGCUCCGCCAACUAUCGGUCACUUGUACCGUUUCGCGACGCGGGACAACCUGGACAACGCAGCGACGCGUCGCGGAUAUGACGAGGCGCUGUCCAAGGCCGCACUCAUGCGUGAGUCCGCGCUGAAGAGCUGCAUCUUCGUCGGCGUACCACGCACGAUCCUCUCUUUGGCGAACCUACACGAGACAAUAGAAGACGACGUCAGGAACGGGCUGCGGAAGACGUCUGUCAGGACGGUGGACAGCAAGAACGUCGAUGAGAUCGUAGCGCGCGGCGAGGCGCUGUGGGCGACCAUCUACACCCCCCAUGCGGAAAAACUUCGUAACAAGUUAGGCUCGUAUCACCCCGACUUCAUAGAAUUCAUCAUACAGGCGUACGGAGCGGUGCUGGCGCCCCUGCCCGGGGGCGACGCCGUGCUGGGCAACCUGAGCCGCGCGCAGGGCUCGAUCGUCGGGACCGCGUGCCUGCGGGCGGAGGGCGGCGUCGGCCCGCAGCUGACGAGCCACGUCUUUGGGCUGCUCAAGGCGCGCGACGUGCCCGGGCUCAGCGCGGAGGACUACUGGCUCGCGAGCGACGAGGGCACGGAGUGGGUCGUGCGCACCGUCGACAAGAUUCUCGACGUUGUGAAGCCGGAGCUGGCGCUCCCGGACGCGGAUGGCGCCCCGCAGGCGAAGCUCUAACUCUGAACUCAGGCUCGGGAGCGGGGGACGGGGCGGGCGGGCGGGCGGUCGGUCCGCAGGGGGGAAGGGUCCGAAGGGGAGAUGUCCGGCAGGGGCUCGUUUCUGUUUAGUGUCGUUCCUGCCCAGAAAUGGCGCGCGUUGUACCAUACUGGGCGCGGGGAGGAGAACCAAAGGACGGUGCAUCGAGGCGGUUACGGCACAUCGGGGUCGAUCGCUGGCCCACGGUUGUGGUACCGAAGCAAGUGUCCUUCGGUUCUCGACCUACUUGGAUAGUAUACAAGGUUGUACAUCGACAUAUAGAUAUAAA